UGAAGCAUGGCUUGAGGCAAGUCAGCGCUUGCUGGCUCAGCUCAGUUCUCAAUUUAGUUUCGACAUGUUUCGUUCACGGCAAAGUGCGUUUUUACAAAGUUUCCUGCUUUUAACCGUUACCUUGGUGUUUUUGCUGCUGCAUAGCAGCACCACUGAGGCGUACUCGGGUCUAAUAUCGCCCGAUCCAGAUAACCCGGGCAAAUGUAUUUAUCGCGGCGAUGAGCUGAAGCUUGGCGUGAAUCUGGGUAUUGCGCCGUGUCAGCGCCUCACUUGCAAUGAGGACGGCUCAAUAUUUAUUGAGGGUUGCGGCCGGUUACGCAUCGAGAACUGCAACAACGGCGAGCGCAUGCACAUGGACAAACCGUUCCCGGAAUGCUGCAAGCUGCGCUACAAGUGCAAAAAGCCCGACGGCUCGCCGUACUACAUUGAGCGCGAUGCCUUCGGCAGCGUUCAGCAGACGCAUACAAGCGAUAAAUCUUGCGUUUGCAGUUUAGGCUGUAUGUUGGUGGUUGUUAGUGCUGAUAAGGCUUAGUAUGGUUCAUUUGUGUCGCUUAGAUUUAGAAAUAAACAAAAGCAUAUUUAUUGUCAACAACAAA